AGAGAGAAAUACAGAGAAUUUCCUCCCAAAUAAUUUUUUUCAUGGUAUCAGAGCCAAAACCCUAGAGAUUUUCAGCGACUACUGUUCACGAUCGCCCGACAUGGCGUCCAUCGAUCGUUGCUCAGUUUCAGUCGUUUGUUGUUGUUGCCGGAAAACGGAACAGUCGACCGUUGCUCUUGAACGGUCGAGCACGUCGACCGUCUCGUCGGAAGAUUGUGUGAUAGAUGCUGCUGUUGAUUCUUCCGCCACCGCCGUACGCCACUCUGCUACCGCCAUGGCCGAUGAACAACCAAGGAAGAUGUUUUUCUCCCUAUCAUCGUGUGUUUCUAGUGCAUCUAUUGAUACAGGAAGUACAAAUGAGGUUAGCUCUUAUGAUGAAGAUGAAGAAAUGCGGACGGAAGAGCAGAUGGACCGUUCCAGGAGGGACGGUGGACCAGAGGAAAGCGAUGGAGCAGACAGGUCACAGACGGUCGACCUGAUGGACCGUUCGGAUGUCCACGGUCGACCGUCCGAGAGGCAGAAUGACGGGUUCCUGAGAGGUGACCACACAGUCGACCUGGUGGACCGUUCUGAUAUCCACGGUCGACCGUCCGUGAGGCAGAAUGACGUUUCUUUGGGAGAUGAUCAAACGGUCGACCGUGAAGUGGAAGACGGUCGACCGUCUCCGAGGCAGAAAGUUAGCGAUCCGGAACAGCCUCAGACGGUCGACCCCGUGGAUCGUUCCACGGACGGCGGUCGACCGUCCUCUUCCCAGCAGGCGGUGGAGAACUUGGGACGUGGUCAACGUGAGAAACGUCCAAAUGUACGCCUUGCCGAUUAUGUUACCCAUGUAGCUGGUUCACAUGUUGGUGAAAAAUGCAAAUAUCCUCUUGCCUCGAGUCUCAACUUGUGAGAUCCUAUAUAUAUGUCCUCAUUGUAAAUUGUAAAGACAAGAGAGAAAUACAGAGAAUUUCCUCCCAAAUAAUUUUUUCAGGGCGUUACAAGAAUACCAGUAGCAUAUAUAGAAAUGUGAGGUCCUAUCUAUUAGUUUAAGCUUUUGGGUUAGAAUAGCGGAUCUCAACUUUAUAUACAAGUGUUUAAUUUUAUCCGACACUCUGCCCGUUGUUCUCGAUCCACUGGAAUUUUAAAAUGGAGAAAACUGAAUUGGAUAAUAAGACACUUUGACUGAACAAUAUUAAGAGAUUGAAUUCAAUCAAUUACUUAGUUUAAC